AUGCCAAAAAUCGGUGCAGACCGCAGACUGCUGAUUGGUAUCCACCCCGACUCCGAGAGUCUGGCGCUACUGCACCGCGGCAAGACUAGGCCCAAAGAGUACAAGUCGCCGCGCUCGCCCCCACCCGGCAGACCGCCGACGGCAGCCGGUGUCGUACCGCCCCUCGUGAAAGGCGGUCGCGGUUGA